AUAAUUUGCACAUAAAAUUCAUGAAGAUGAUAAAACGGUUCAUCGUUACUAAGAGAUAAGAUAGUAAAAUCGAUGACUUCACUGGCAGGAGAUAAUGAUAUUUUAACUUUAAGGUAGCUGAUAAACUAAAGCAGCACAUUUUUACAAUUUCUUAUUGCUUCACAAACAAACAGUACCACGUGGUUACGUUAUUAUUAGCUGCGAAUAUGUUGUGACGCUCAUCGAUAUCAUCCGCACGGUGAUUCCGACACAACAAAUCGCCCCUGAUAAAAGUUACAUUAUGCAAUAUGUUCACGGCCGUAAUGCGCACAACAAUACGGCGUCCGCUCGUGUGUCGUAUUUGCAUUCCAAGUGAUUAACGGAAGAGAAAUUGAUUGGAAAUUUGUAUUAUCGUGAAGAUUUACGUGCACGUAUCUUUUCAAAAUUCAGCUAGCCGAAAGACAUGGAAUAUUUCGAGCUAAGCCGCAUAAGCUUAUGUACUUAUAAAUAUAUGUAUAUACUUUGCAACUGGAGUACGACAUGUUUAGUUAUCUUUCUCACUGCGUGAAUCGACAAUUUUAUAUUUUCUUUUAGAAAAAACAACCGUUUUGUGAUGCAACAUUGUGCGAAAUCACCGUCUAAUUGGACAAUCGCAUUGAAGUUACCUCCGAGGAAUUAUUACUGCGCUUUUUGUGGUGGAAAUAUUCCGAGGAAUACGUCGCGUUUCCACGGUAAUUUUGAGAGGCAACGCUGACUCUUUUCGCGAACUCAACAAGGAUACUGCGAAGAAAACAAAAUACCGGGUACGAUCAUUUAAUCAUAAGCCUUGAAAGAAACUGAUGAGUCCUCAUGUAUCAAUGCUGAAACUUGCGUGCGCAUACAAAUCGAAGAAGCUGUUAUUAAUAUUUAUAAUAUUAUAUAAAGCUGUUAUAAAAGAAAUCCGGCAUUCUCGGAUCGAUGUCUAUGCCGUGUGAAAAAUGGUUUAUGUUAACAAUGAUAUGUAGUUAUCACCGGGAAAAAAAUGUCCUUGGCUCUAUCAAGUUUUUGUUUUGCUUCGCUUGUAAAAUGUGUCAGUAAUAUCGGAGAUGCAGAGGCACACACUGUAAUAUUCCUUAAGCGAGUCGAGUUUUAUUUUGGUUGUCGCGUCAGGAUUACGCGAAACGCGAGGGGCCAGGGUGACCGGCUCCGGUACUCUCGGCGAAUACGGCGCAAACGGAGUGCGGAUGAUGGAAGACGGGAUCAGGUGUCAGGGACUGAUGAUCGACCCGACCUGGCCACGGGAGCGAGCGAGCGAGCAAGCGAAUGUCGUUAUCAUCAUCGUGAUAACAGUGGUAAUUGCCGAUGCAUACAGAAAUAAGAGAGAUGUCGUUUCUUUAAAUACGGACGUCAUAUCAUAUUACAAACCUCGUCCACGAGAUCUCUUUCUCGAUCGAUCAUUUAUCGACAAGAUAAUUGGUCAGCAAACACUGCUUGAUGGCCCAGUGAGAGACCAAACCAUCGGCCAACAAACCUUCCUCGAUACAUCUUUAAGAGAACGAAGUGCAUAUCCGUCCGGUGUGCCAAUAUUUCACAAACAACCGUUCAAGAAGAAUUUAUUUCACACGGUAACAGCGUUCAGAGACGAACCAUUGUUCAGAGACGCACUGCUGAAGGAUCACGAAUUGCGCGGGGAACGAGCAGUCUUCAGAAACAGCCCCUUCGAAGGACAAAGCGCGUCGCUUGCGUCGGAAGAGAUCUUCGGGGAACAAGCGUCGGUGUACAGAAGUCAAGCACCAUUCAAGAAACAAUUGUUAACGCUUGAAACGCCGUUGAAAAACUUAUUUCACGGACAGCCACCCCCAGAUGAACAAGCACCGUUUCGGAAGCAAAGGACUUACGUCGAUUUCCCGACCAUUUCUAACUCAAUCAAGUUCUAUCGAGAUGAUUCUUACAGUAAACCGAUCGAUUCGUACGGACGACAGAAAGACGCGCAAGCCACAUCCUAUGGACAUUGCGGAGGACCCGCAAUGUACACGGAGUACGGUAAUCACGCACUCGAACUGUCUUCGAUACCGAUGGUCCCGUUCUCUGAACAUCUUUCCGCAUUGAAUGUCGAUGUUCCCGUAACGCUGCCGUCAACGCCCGUUGCUAACCACGGAUCUGCUUCUUCUUUGUUUCCUGCAUCGUUCGGUAUAAGUGGAGUGCAUUCAUCAGAUGCUUCCAGGAUGAAACUUGACUUGGCAUCGACGUCGCAGUCGGCUAUUUCACCGUUAAGCGGCAAGUACAACACGCUAGUUGACAACUCGUCAACUAUGUCCAGCAACGCAGUUACAACUGUGCCGUCAAUCUUUGUUAACACAAACCGAUCCUCGAUUAUAGACCAUAUGUUAACGAGAUUAACAACCAAACCCAGUUCAUCUGUCAUGGCUACACUAACUUCAAUAAUGCCGUUCAGCGGAAACACUCUUGAACCGAUUCAUUUCCAUGCUACUAAAUAUGGAGCUGUUGUGGCGCCUUCUUUCAUCUCCCAAAAUGAGUUGAAGAACAACGUGCAUACCUAUCCGCUUCCGGAGACACCAAACAGUAACUUGAAGAUCGAUGAGCACAACUUGAAAUAUCUAAUGCCAGAAGUGUCGAAGAACAACAUCAAGCCCGAUAACCAAAACCCGAUGUUGAACUACAUUCUCUCCGAAGAGCAGAAGAGCAUGCUGAAAGGCGACAUUCCGAACUCCCUCGCAAACAACGCGUUGCCCGAAGUACUUAAACACGGCUGGUCUUUCCAGCAAUUCUCGCAGCCGGAAGCAUCGUCCAGCUAUGCUCCGUUGUCUCCCAAUGGAAAGAUGAAACUCAUUUUGCCGAAUACAUCGGCCGCAUCUGCCUCGGCUGUUUCUUGGCCAAUGCUGAUUAAACAUGAUGUUCCCGUAAAGUUACCAGGAAAAUCCGCAAUAGCGUCCGACGGCUCGACAAAUAACUAUGUGCCGCUAGAAGUGAAUUUACCUUUGGACUUCAUGACAAGCAUGCCAAGCAGUCUGACUGCAAGUAUACCCGAUAGUAUAUCUGGAAGCAUAACUGGUGGCAUAUCAACGAGCAUACCUGGUGGCAUGACGACGGACAUGCCUGCGGGCAUACCAACUUUGAACCUGGGGCAAAGUUUACAUCGUGCAGAACAAUUACGACAAACUCAAGAGGCAAGAAAUCCUUGGCACCCCACAGGUUUGCAGCUGCAGCUAGGCGGUUUCGGCGGGAUAAAUUACACGUUACAUGCAAGUAAUCCUGCCGUAAGGCCGAUGGAGCUUGGGAUCGCGAAAGCGGGCUUAACUCUGCCGAAAUUACCACAACCACACGUUCCCGCAUUUGCAAAAAUUGGAGUUGGAUAUCAGCUGUGAAAACUAUGCGCAAUCACCUUCGCAAUACGUAUCCACAUUGCAAUGUGACGCACAUGCGUAUAUAUCCGAAGUAUUAUGUAGUACAAAUACUGCAGCUAGCUGGAGAAGAGUUACCAAAGCAGAUCACGUCUCUCUGGAUUUAAGAAUUUAUUUCUGAUUAGAACACACUGAUGUUUCCAAAUUUAUUGUCGAAGAUAUUCAGUAAAUAAGAAUUAAAUUGCUUCGAACACAUACAAAGCAUAGAGAAUUUAUUUUUAAUCCGUCCUUCUCGGAUGAAACGCCCCCUCUUCUUUCUCUCGUUCUGCACUCGCUUUUG